UACAACCUGACUCAAUCAAAAGAUCAACCUGACUAGAUCAACUUAGAUCUUUGAGAGAGAAGAGAUCGGAGCUUCACGUGCCUGGCUGCUGAGAAGAUGAAGAUGAGCCGUGUGUGUCUGGUCCUGGGCUUCGUCAUCAUCAUGGCGCUCUACUCAGAUGCUCUCCCCGACUCCGUCUCACACCCUGAGCCCUGCUGUUUCUCUUUCUUCAGUGGCAAAAUUCCUCCUCAAAACAUUCUGGAGGUUAAAAAGACGGACGCACAAUGUCCUCAGCAAGGCUUCAUUGUUAAAACUCCUAAGCAUGCCAGUCUGUGUGUCCAUGAAGUCACCGUCCCUGAACAGCCUAAACGUUAAUCCUGCAGCUGACAUGGAACUCACACACGUUUAUUAAGAUGCGUAUAGAGCUUAGUCUAGUGCUUAAUGCAAUGCAGAGGCAAAUAAAAAUGUAAACACACCACAGAGUGAACUGCAUGAGUUAUAGCCUGUAAUCUCUAAAAAUAAACCUAGGAGGAUAUUUUUUUCUAUCAAUAAAUAA